AUGUUCAGCGAAUUCAAAGAUGAGCAUUCUGGAAAAACAACAACAUUUCGUAUACUUAUUAGUGAUGAAACAGCAAUACAAGGUACUACUUAUAUUGAUGGACAAAAUGUUAAUUUUCGUUUAAGACCAUUAUGUAUAAUUUUUCUUUUUUUCCAUAAUGAACGUGUAUGUAAUCGUAUCAUGUUUAAUAGUCAAUUAGCUUGUUUAGGUACGAUUCAACAUUUAAAAACUAAAUUUGGUCAAGGUUAUACAAUUGAAAAUGUUGACGCAUUUUUAUUAACACAAACACAAUCUAUUCUUAUAUUUCAAAUAGAAAAAAGUAUAUCUACUGAGCUAUUUGAAAUAGUAUAA